AUGCAUCCGCGACAGGAGCACCGGCCCGCUUCGUCGUCGAGCACGUCCUCGACGUCGUCGAACUGUCUGCGCUGGCUGCCCCCACUGGGAGGCAACGAUUCACCGGGCAUGAUCGCCCGGCUGCCACGACCGAACGCCGCCGCGGCCCUCUUCGUUCUUGUUCUAACCAUCGGGACCGCCGUUUGCGCCGAUGACACUGUGAGCGGGAACAGGACGCUCGUGACCGACGGGAACAAUAAUUCGAGCUGGGUACGCGUGCUCGACGGAGACUCUGUCCUGGAACAAUUACCAAAUAACAAGUCCUCGAGAUUGUCCUUCUUCACGAACUGGAGCGAAUGGUCCGUGUGCGACCGCCAUUGCACGCAGAACCGCGUUCGAAGGUGUCGAGUGAAGAAGAAAUGUGGAACCACGCUACACAGGGAGGAGCGUACCUGUCAGCACAACAGAAAAGGUAGAUGGAGACGAUGCAAGCAACGACAGAGACGGGGACAUCGACGGAAGGACAAGUUUCACGUUGUACAGGUACCGAAAAAAGAUGCCGAGCCCAGGCAAGGGGAAAGAAGGGGGAAAGACGUCAAGGACAAGUCUGUGGGACAUUAUGGGAAGUGGAGCAAGUGGUCACCUUGCACAAGGCUGUGCACGACUCAACGUCACAGGUGGUGCAAGAAGCCCGGAAUUUGCGGUCGUGACGUAAUAAGGGAGAGCGCCUAUUGCUACGUGGAGGGUAGCUUCUGCCAAAGAUGGAUCCAUCGGAAGAUCCGUGGGAGCCAAGAAGAAGACAGUGACGAUAUGGUAUUGGACGAAUUCGAAUUGAACCCCAAUACCGUCGACAGUUUCAUCCCCGAAAAAAAUUCUCAUGCUUGGAAGUGUGGACUUGCCAGUACCCACAAGAAUUCUCGGCUCUCGUAUUUCACAAGAAUUAUAGGCGGACGUCCAGCAACCCGGGGAAGUUGGCCCUGGCAAGUUGCAGUAUUGAACAGAUUUCAUGAAGCUUUUUGCGGAGGUACACUGAUCUCGCCAAGGUGGGUGUUGACUGCAGCACACUGCAUCAGGAGGCGUCUUUAUGUUCGUAUUGGGGAACACGAUUUGACUGUGAAGGAAGGCACGGAGCUGGAGAUGAGGGUAGACUCAUUCAAGGUACACCCUGAAUAUGACCCGGACACUGUGGACAAUGACAUAGCGAUGCUGCACCUUCCAAUCAGUUUGACCGCGUCUCCGUCGAGAGGUAUCGCUUGUCUACCAGCGCCUAACCAACCUUUACCCGCCAAUCAGCUGUGCACGAUCAUCGGCUGGGGAAAGUCGCGAGUCACCGAUGACUUCGGUACCGACGUUUUGCAUCAGGCUCAGAUACCGAUAGUAUCCUCCGAAGCCUGCCGUGACGUUUACAUGGAUUACAGGAUCACUGACAAUAUGUUCUGCGCGGGAUAUCGACGCGGAAAGAUGGAUUCUUGCGCCGGUGACAGCGGAGGUCCGCUUCUCUGUCGAGAUCCCAAAAGACCCGAUCAUCCGUGGACCAUUUUCGGGAUCACCAGUUUCGGCGAAGGCUGUGGGAAACGCGGGAAAUUCGGAAUAUACGCGAAACUGUCGAACUACGUUCGCUGGAUCAGUCGAGUGAUGAAGGAAACCAACGACUCUGAUUAACGAACUACGGACACCUGUGUGUGCCUCAGCGUUUAAUUACCGUGUUAUUAAUCGUUGAGAGAUUGUUGCGAAUUUAUAAUUAAUUUCUUAACGAGAACAAUCACCGAAAUUCGAUCGCGUGAUAAAUAAGAAUAGAACCUCUUCGUGUAAGCGUUAAAUCGAUCGUCGUGAUCUCUUAACCCUAGAAUGAUGUUAUCAGCUCGCCAGACGACAAUUCUCUUUAAUAACCAGUGUAAACUUACCAAC